GACUGCCACCUUCGGUAGCAGCUAGCUCCCACUUAAUCCCGCCCGCCCGCUAAUCCGGCAGCAUGUCUCAGGCUGAAUUUGAACGAGCUGCAGAAGAAGUCAAAAACUUGAAGGCCAAACCAAAUGAUGAGGAGAUGUUGUUCAUCUACAGUCACUACAAACAAGCCACAGUGGGAGAUAUAAACACAGAGCGCCCAGGUAUGAUGGACUUCAGAGGCAAAGCUAAGUGGGAUGCCUGGAACUCUUUGAAAGGAAAAUCCAAAGAAGAAGCCAUGAAAGCUUACAUUGCAAAAGUGGAAGAACUGAAAAAGAAAUACGGAAUAUAAAAGAAACUGGAUUCAAACAAUCAGCCAUGCACUUGGAAG